CUAUGCUCGUUUACGGAGCCUCUCCCAAACUCUCUUCGCAAGCGUAGAAAAAAUUCUCUUCUUGUCAUCUCCGAUCUUCCAUCUUUCCUACCUUUUAAAGACUUCUCAGGUUUUCGUUGCAGAGAAAAAAGAAAAGAAAAGAGAAGAAAGAAAAACAAAAUCAGUUCUUCUUCUAUUUUUCUUCUCGUUUUCGUUCUCUGUUUCUGCUAUUACCAGCAUGGACAAUGGUAAAAUAACUAUUACCAGCAUGGAUAAUGGUAAUAUUAUAGAAUCGAAGGCGUGGACUGUUCCAUCAGGGCUCAUGACUCGUAUAAAGUUUGAUAUUUUGACUGAAGGAGAGAUGAAAAAGUUCUCUGCCAUAGUCAUAGAUGAGACCAAUGACGUGACUGAUCCUAGGUUAGGGAUGCCAAACCUGUCUUCUCAAUGUUCAACAUGUGACUCGUGUGACAUCAAAAACUGUGAGGGUCACUUCGGGAUUUUCAAGCUUCCAGCAAACGUUUACCAUCCAUAUUUCGUUUCAGAAAUUGUACAGAUUUUGAACAAAAUGUGCCCUGGAUGCAAGUCCAUUCGGCAAGAUAGGAAGAUCAAGGGCUCAGGUACAUUAUCCAAGAAGUGGACGUCAAUAAAUGAUGAGCAUAUGGGGUGCAAAUAUUGCACCGCAAAUUCUAGUGAAUGGUACCCUGGAAGGAAGUUUAAGGUUGCCUCAAAAGAUGCAUCUGGGAAGAGAAGUUUACUGAUUGUAGCAGAAGUGAAUGAUAGGUUGCCAAAGAAGUUUCAAAGUAAAAAUCUUAAUGAGGUAUUGCCUGCAGAUUAUUGGGAUUUUAUACCAAAAGAUCCACAUCAACAGAAAUUUUUCAUGGAACCGAACAAAAUAAUCUUGUCUCCAUACCAGGUAUUUUUUCUGUUGAAAGAUCUUGACCCAAAGUUCAUCGAGAAAUUUGUUCCAAGGCGGGAAUUGUUAUUUCUUACUUCUUUCCCUGUUACCCCAAAUUGUAACCGUGUGACAGAAGCAAUGCACUUGUUUUCUGAUGGCUCCAGAUUGAUUUUUUUACGUACCAAAAAGUCAUCAAGCAGUACAGAUGUUGCUUCUAGUAAGUCUGGUUUGAAAUGGAUUAGAGAAGUCCUCCUCGGAAAGCGGACAGAUCACGUAUUUCGUAUGACUGUGGUUGGUGACCCAAAGAUCAGAUUGGGUGAAAUUGGUAUCCCACAUGAUAUUUCAGAAAAAUUAGUAAUUCCUGAGAACAUUAACUUAAGAAACUUGAAAAAGCUGAACAAGUGUUGUAAUUCUCGUGUGAUUCAAAUGAGAGAUUGCUACGCAAAGAGCAAAGCUGGUUUAGCUUCUGUGCAUCGUCGGAAUGAACUUCAGGUAGGCGAUAUAAUAUAUAGACCUUUGGAAGAUGGAGAUCUUGUGUUGGUAAACAGGCCUCCGUCUGUGCAUCAACAUUCUCUUAUUGCAUUUUCUGUUAAAAUUCUCCCUGUGAACUCAGUCAUUGCCAUAAAUCCUCUUUGUUGUGCACCUUUACUUGGAGAUUUCGAUGGCGAUUGCCUUCACGGUUAUAUUCCCCAAUCCAUCAACUGUAGAGCAGAGCUUAGGGAGCUUGUGUCUUUAAACCGUCAGUUAGUUAAUGGACAAGAUGGCCGAAACCUGGUUUCUCUAAGUCAGGAUAGCUUAACUGCUGCCCAUUUGAUCACAGGGAGUGAAGUUUUCUUGAACAGAUUCCAGAUGCAGCAGUUGGAAAUGUUGUGUCCACGUCAAUCAAAGUGUCCCACAAUUCUUAAAGCGCCGCCACUCAAGACUACUCUCUGGACUGGGAAGCAAUUAUUUAGCUUGCUCUUGCCCCAAGGUUUGGACUUCGAUUAUGCUUCGAAUUCAGUCCUUAUCAGCAAUGGCGAUUUGAUGUCCUCUUCUGAUGAAUCUGCUUGGUUACGGAAUACCCGCAAGAACGUCUUCUCUAAUAUGAUCAGACAUUGCCCAAGCCAAGCUCUCAAUUACCUGUUUGCUGCCCAAGAAGUACUUUGUGAAUGGAUAUCAGGGAGAGGCUUAAGCGUUUCUUUGUCUGAUAUUUACCUUUCACCUGAUUCAUAUUCAAGAAUGAAAAUGAUAGAUGAAGUCAGUUGCGGAUUGCAAGAAGCAGAUCGAAUAUGUCGUAUCAAACGGUUGAUGUUGGAUGAUGGUAUGGAGCAUUUUCUCAAACACGGUGAAGGGGAUUUAGACCCGCCGCAUGUCGAGGGUCUUCGAAAGCAGAAAUUAGCUGUUUUAAACCAAGCUGCUAUUGAUGCUUUUAAAGAAGUCCGUUAUGAUCUUCAAAAUGUCAUUCAUCAAUAUGCUGGUACAGACAAUUCAAUGUUGGCAAUGAUUAAUGCUGGGAGCAAAGGCAACCUGCUCAAACUGCUUCAGCAAAGUGUUUGUCUUGGUUUACAGCAUUCAACAGAUUCGUUACCUUUUAGAAUCCCAGACAAGCUUUCGUGUGCUUCAUGCAAUCAGCAAAAGUUAUCUGGGUUGCGCAGGAAGGCUCAUGAUACAAUUGAAUCCACUGAAAGGCACAUUUCUUGUGCUGUGGUUGAGCAUUCCUUUCUCGAUGGCUUGAACCCUCUUGAAUGUUUUGUUCAUGCAUUAUCAUGCCGUGGCAAUUGCUUUAGUGAGAAUGCAGACCUUCCAGGAACUUUGACCCGAAAGCUGAUGUUUUACAUGCGGGACCUGUAUGUCACUUAUGAUGGGACAGUGAGGAGUGCUUAUGGGAAUCAGCUUAUACAGUUCUCUUAUGGUAUUUCCGAGGACACGUCUGAUCGGGAUGAUAAGUCCCACAAGUUCUUUGGGGAGAGGAUGUUGGAAUGUGAUGGACUUGGGGGGCAACCUGUAGGUGCAUGGUCAGCUUGUUCCAUUGCUGAAGCUGCAUAUAGUGCUUUGGAUCAACCAAUCAGUAUGCAUGAAGCUUCUCCAUUGAUAAACUUAAAGAAGGUAUUGGAGUGCGGUCAGAAAGAAACCUAUGCGGACCAAACUGUAUCCCUUUUCCUGUCCAAGAAACUAAGGAGAUGGACCUAUGGUUCUGAGUAUGGGGCAUUAGAAGUGAAGAGUCAUCUUGAAAGAAUUUUUCUUUCUGAUGUUGUGACUACUGUCAUGAUUGUUUUCGAGCCAGAUAUUAUUGAGGCACAGUUCAGUUCAUGGGUUUCACAUUUUCAUGUGUGCAAGGAGAGGAUGAGGAAGAGAAGACUAACAAUUGGGUCAAUAAUAGAUGCACUUAAUAAGAAAUAUAACUCCAGAGGAAAAACUAGCACUUAUCUUCCCAGGUUGCAGAUUUUAAGCUGUGAUUGUUCAUUAGACGAUGUUCACCAUGAGCAUAGCGAGAAAAUUUGCAUCACUGUGGCAGCUGAAAAUUCUAAGGAUUCUCCUGUGCUGCUUGAUACCGUACGGGAUAUGCUGAUUCCAAUCCUCCUUGGAACAGUUAUCAAAGGGUUUUUGGAGUUCAAGAAGGUGAAUAUUUUGUGGCAUGAGCCACCAAAGACAUCCAAGUUCCGUAAGGACUCUUCUGGUGAACUUUUUCUGAAGGUUUCUAUGUCAGAGGACUGUGAAAGAGGGAAGUUAUGGAAUACUGUUCAGGAUGCAUGUAUCCCAAUAAUGGACUUGAUUGACUGGGAAAGGAGUCACCCAGACCAUGUUUACGAUAUAUCUUGUGCCUAUGGAGUAGAUGCUGCAUGGCAUCACUUUCUAGAAACUUUGAGAUCCACAUUAUCUGAUAUAGGAAGGGAUAUGCAUCGAGAACACUUGCUUAUCCUUGCAGAUUGUCUCUCAGUUACGGGAGAGUUCAGUGGUCUAAGUCCUAAAGGAAUAAAAGAACAAAGGGAUCAGAUAUCCAUCACCUCACCCUUUAUGCAAGCAUGCUUCUCUAACCCGAGCAAUUGUUUCAUCAAGGCUGCGAAGGAGGGGGCUAUGGAUGAUCUUUUGGGGACAUUAGAUGCUGUGGCAUGGGGCAAGGAAGCCCCCAUUGGGACUGGCGGACCUUUUGAUAUUUUAUAUUCGGGAAAGGGGAAGGAUCUUGAUAAACCUGUGGCUAUUUAUGAAACAUUGUGUAGCCAACCGACUACUCAGAAAGAUGAAAUGGGGCUCAACGGACCUGGUGCUUGUGAUAAAAUCUGCAAAAGAUGGGGAGGGAAAUCAACCUUUAUAUAUGACAAUUGCAGAUCUGAGUAUCGGACAAGUAUGGAGUGCAAAUCAAAUUCAGAUCCAAGACUUUUUCUUUCAAAGGCUGGCAUUAAGGAUAUGUGUAUUUUAUUACAGGAAAUAUUACACAAGUACCCAGUUAAUGCCUAUGUAAAUGAAGAAGAAAGGUCCAUUUUGAUGAAGGCUUUGUCCUAUCAUCCUCAGGGAAAUGAGAAGAUGGCGGGAGCCCAAGAAAUCAAGGUUGGUCAUAACCCAUUGUAUCCCGAAUCCCGCUCCCGCUGUUUUAUACUGGUGAGGAAGGAUGGGUCGUUUGAAGAUUUCUCCUAUCGGAAGUGUGUUGAGGGUGCAGCGCGACAUAUUUCCCCUGAAUUCGCAGCCUGGUUUCGAAACAAAGUGUUUAAAAGAUGACAACAACAUCUAACCUUCUCCCUUCUUUUGAACCACAAAGGCAGUGGACAGCAUGUUGGCUCUGAUACACGUGUAUAUGGGUUCUCACACAUACAGAACUUACAGCCACUAACAUAUGUGGCGAUGCUAAUCGCCUUUUUUGUGCUUGGGAAUAUGGCUAUCCACAUAACCAUUGCUGUGGAGUUGCAUCGUCAUACCGAUUACAGAAAGAACCAUUUUUUGAUGAACGUAGUUAUGGCGGCUAUUUAAAUGAGUAGCAACCAUACAGAUCUUACUGUUGCUAUACUCAAAAGUGCAGCCAUUUAUUUAUGUUUGUGGUUGCAUCUUCAGCAGAAGCAGAUGAACCUUUCACCAUUUUUUUUUUGUCCAAAAAAAGAACAUUUGGAAAUGUUGAGGUGGACUGCCUUCAUUUUUGUACCAUUUUCUUUAUCUAUGAUGUAUAGUUGAAUUCAUUGGCUAUCUAAGCAUUUUUGUUUUAAUUGAGUUUGUUUCAGCCA